CAAAUCGAUCCGUCGUUUCAAAAGUCGAUGAGAUCGGACGUCCAAUCCGGAGAAGGAAAGGAAGAGAGAGGGAGAGGAGGGAGAAGGACUCUGGCGAAGGCUGUUCCUGUUUCUUCUUCUUUCUUUCUUUCUUUGAAUACGCGGAGAAGCUUCUUCAUCGACGAUUCUAUCUCCAAUUCGAUACCGAGAGUUCGCUGGAGCUGGUGAGUGAAUCAAGCAAGAUAUUUGCGUGUUUUUUGGUUUAUGUGAAUCAAUCGUCGGACAUGGGUGCUGGAACCACAGCAGCACCGCCAGCGCCGGCGGCGGCGACGCUGUACUGUUACUUCUCGGUGCUCCUCGGGGCCGUCUCCGAGUGGUGCCUGAUCGUGAUCCUGCUGACCAACGCCGCUUUAUCCUACACCGCCACAAGGUUCGCCCGCCUCUGCAACCUGCCGCCGCCCUGCCCUUUCUGCUCCCGCCUCGACCACGUCCUCGGCGGCGAGCGACGCGGCUUCUACCACCACCUGCUCUGCCGCGCCCACAAGCUCGAGGUCUCCGCGCUCGUCUACUGCCACGCCCACCGCCGCCUCGCCAACUCCCGCGGCAUGUGCGAGGCCUGCCUCCUGUCCUCCCCCGCCGCCGCAUGCCGAAAGCCCAAGCCCUCGAUCACCCCCGGCGACGACCCUCUUACGUUCGACGGAGACGACCACCCAGGCGCCAGAUCCUGCUCAUGCUGCGCCGAGCCCUUCACUCUCUCGCGGGCGAUCUGCCACGGGAAGAAGAAGAAAUCCUCCGCCAAGAUCGACGUAGCCGGAAUCAACAACGUGCCGGCGGGCCGACGAGUCCAGCUAAGAAAGAGGCAGUGGAAGAGCUCGGAUCGGCCGGGCGCCAUGCCGGACGUAGGCUACAGCGAGCUAAAGAUCACAUCGGGGUCGGAGACGGAGAUACCCUACUCCGACGACGACUGCUACGACGAGAACGAAGAGGGGGACUCGCCGAUCAACGGCGUUAAGGACAUAGAGGAGGAGUCGGCGUCGGUGGCGAGAGCGUGGCGGCCGUCGACGGCAGUGGAGGAGUUGGUUCCCGAGAGGCUCAUCCAUCCUAACCCUAACCCUGUUACUAACCAUCCGCAGCGCUCGCUGCUGUUCAACUCUGAGAAGAAGCCGGCCGAGAAUGAUUCGAAUAAAGUCGAUCCCAAGAACACUGCUGUGGAAUCGAAGGAGAGAACGAUCGAACAGGUUCCUCAUCGAGCGGCGGCGGCUUCCGAUGCCAAUCCUAGCAUCAACGAUCCGCCUACAUCGGCGCGCGCGAUCUUGCUGGAGCGCAACGAGAGCUUCAAGAACGCACUGGCGAAGAAGGGGAUGAUGAUGUCGCCGCGGAUCUCCGUUCUGGCGGAGGACUUGAAGCUCCGGCUGUCCCAGAAAUCCUACCAUGCUCUGGAUCUGCCGUGGAGCGGCGACAUGAUCUUCAGCCCCCGCUUCGCGGAGAUCGACGCCUCGACCUCCGCCGGGUUGCAGAGCAUCGCGAAGCGGCUCGCCGUGGAGCGCAACAACUCGAGCCUGGAGAGCUACGACGCGUGCGUGGUCUCCGACGUGGAGGCGGAGACGUCGACGGAGCGUCUGCGGCAGCAGAUCGAGCUGGACCGGAAGACGAUGAGCGCGCUGUACAAGGAGCUGGAGGAGGAGCGGAGCGCCUCGGCGGUAGCGGCCAACGAGGCGCUGGCGAUGAUCAACCGCCUGCAGGAGGAGAAGGCCGGGAUGCAGAUGGAGGCUCUGCAGUGCCUGCGGAUGAUGGAGGAGCAGUCGGAGUACGACCAGGAGGCAAUCCACAAGCUCAACGACCUGCUGACCGAUCGAGAGAAGGAGCUGAUGGAUCUGGAGGCAGAGCUGGAGAGCUCUCGGAAGAGGCUCGCCGGGGAGGAGCGGAAUCCCCGCAGCGAGGCUGAAUUCAGCGACCUGGUGGCCGGAUUCGACGAGGAGAAGGCGCAGAUCUCGGCGUGCUUGAAGAAUCUGCAGGACCAAAUCAACAACACGUCGAGCUCAACCGACGCAGCGCAGAUCGAUCUGCAACUGCAAGACGAGGUCCUGAAGCUGAACGAGAGACUGCAUGCGCUCGAGGAGGACAAAGCCCUGCUCGGCCACGCUGUGAGUGCGCUGAGGCAUGGAGGCGACGGAGUCAGGCUAGUGCAGGAAAUGGCGCGGCAGUUCAAGGAAUUGAGAACGAUUCCGGCGACAUAAAGGUGGCGGAGGAUCGGAGCAGAGGCUCCAGUUCCAAUUCUGUUUUUGACUGACGUUUCUUAAUUACACAACGAGAUUUGUAGGCAUUCGAAUUUGGAAGGAUAGAUUUUGAUUGCAAUCACGGUAAAUUUAGCAGGAAACAUGGAUGAAAU